UAUAUACACACACAUUCACACAUGCACUUUCCUCACUUAUCAUUAUUCUCUCAAGCAUUUCACUCCUCUCUCUCUCUCUCACACACACACAAUGGAGAAAACUCUAGCAACUUCCGACAACACUAGAUCUAUUUCGGUGUUGUCCUCAGCCGCCGUGAAAUCACGCGACGCUGGUUUCGAGCGCAGAACCAAACGGAGAUUGUCGCAGACCAAGGCAAGCGUGUGUGUGUCCGGUGAAGAAGAAGAUGAUGAAGAAGAAGAGCUAAAGGAGAAGAUUGAGGCAUUACAGAGGAUUAUUCCCGGAGGAACGGCGCUUGGUGUGGACGCGCUCUUCGAAGAGACAGCUGGUUACAUAAUGUCUCUACAAUGUCAGAUCAAAACCAUUAAAGUCCUCACUUCAUUUAUCCAACGCUUAGAUAAACAAGAUAUGAAGUUCGGAGGUUGAAAGAUGAUGAUGGAUGACACCAAGAUUUUCCUUCUUUUCUUUAGAAUUUUCUUUUAAAAAUUCAGUCAGUUUUUAUUUUAUUUUUAACUCUUCCUUUUAAAUAUGGCUUUUUAGCUUUAAUAUAUGGGGAAAGAGAUCUCAACAUUUUUUUUCUUCAGAAUCUUUUUCUUUAGCAAGACUUAAAAUCUUUUAAUUUUAGAGUUAUGAUUUU